CCGCGCAGUGUCUCAGAGCGAGUGCUGGCGGGCGCCAUGGCCGCUGAUCCGCGCGGGAAGGCCGCGACUCUGGCCCUGAGAAGGCGGCUACUCAGCAAUUCCUGCAGACUCUUUUUUCCUGAGGAUCCUAUUAAGAUUGUCCGGGGCCAAGGGCAAUACAUGUAUGAUGAACAGGGGGCGGAAUACAUCGAUUGCAUCAACAAUGUGGCUCACGUUGGGCACUGCCACCCUCUCGUGGUCCAAGCAGCACAUGAACAGAACCAGGUGCUCAACACCAACAGCCGGUACCUGCACGACAACAUCGUGGAUUACGCACAGAGGCUGUCCGAGACCCUACCGGAGAAGCUCUGUGUAUUUUAUUUCCUGAAUUCUGGGUCAGAAGCCAACGACCUGGCCCUGAGGCUGGCGCGCCAAUACACAGGACACUGGGACGUGGUGGUAUUAGAUCAUGCUUAUCAUGGUCACCUGAGCUCCCUGAUCGACAUCAGCCCCUACAAGUUCCGGGACCUGGAUGGCCAGAAGGAGUGGGUCCACGUGGCACCUCUCCCAGACACCUACCGGGGCCCCUACCGGGAGGACCACCCCAAUCCAGCUGUGGCCUAUGCCAGCGAGGUGAAACGUGUGGUCAGCAGCGCACAGGAGAAGGGCAGGAAGAUUGCAGCGUUCUUUGCUGAGUCUCUGCCCAGUGUGGGAGGGCAGAUCAUUCCUCCUGCUGGCUACUUCCCAGAAGUGGCAGGGCACAUCCGCAGGGCCGGAGGGGUCUUUGUUGCAGACGAGAUUCAAGUGGGCUUUGGCCGAGUAGGCAAGCACUUCUGGGCCUUCCAGCUGCAGGGGGAAGACUUUGUCCCCGACAUUGUCACCAUGGGCAAGUCUAUUGGCAAUGGCCACCCUGUAGCCUGUGUGGCCACAACACAUGCUGUGGCGAGGGCAUUUGAAGCCACCGGCGUCGAGUACUUCAACACGUUUGGGGGCAGCCCAGUGUCCUGCGCUGUUGGGCUGGCCGUCCUGGAUGUCUUGGAAAAGGAGCAGCUGCAGGCUCAUGCUGCCUCUGUGGGCAGCCUCCUGAUGGAGCUCCUUGGACAGCAGAAAGCCAAACAUCCCAUCCUUGGGGACAUCAGGGGCGUUGGGCUCUUCAUUGGUGUGGAUCUGAUCAAAGAUGAGGCCACAAGGAUGCCAGCAACCGAAGAGGCUGACUAUGUGGUGUCCAGGCUGAAAGAAAACUACAUUUUGUUGAGCACCGACGGCCCCGGAAGGAAUGUCCUGAAGUUCAAGCCCCCGAUGUGUUUCAGCUUGGACAACGCACGACACGUGGUAGCAAAGCUGGAUGCCAUCCUGACAGACAUGGAAGAGAAAGUGAGAAGUUGCGAGACUCUGAGGCUCCAGCCCUGAGGCAGCUCUGCUGAGGGGUGUCCUCUAGGUUCACACUGUCUUUGCUGGGAGAGAGAAUCCCAUUUCCAAUGGCAAGUCAAGACAGGUGUUCCAAGGUGCUCCAGACUCGAACUGCCCUGGGGACACUGGGGCAGUGUCCCCACUGAGGGUGGUAACCCUCACUGUACUGUUUUCACCCCCCUGAACAGCUGCCCCAAAUAUCUGAGCCACUCCACUUUCUUUAAAGGGGCACAAGUCCUAGGCAGGGCCAAGUCAUUAAAGGAAACUAACCAAA